UUUUGUGUCAGUCGCCGCCGCCGAUAAUAUUUGUCGGCGCAGGGUUUAGAGCACGCUACAAAACGGAAAAAGCAAUUUUUACACGAAAAUUAUACAAAACAUUUCAGCGAAAAUAUAAAAAAGAAUAAUUAAAACGAGUUCAUUUAUUUUUCUUAUACAAUUAUUACAACUCGAAAAAAGUUACUGUUCCACACUCAGAGCGGUAGGUUGAGACAACAACACCUAAUUCCAACACAACGAAAGGAGAAAAAAACAAAAGUAACGCAAAAAUGCCGAGUGAUACAAUUGCCAAAGUUCAGGAAUAUAAAGAUUCUCUAAUCAAAAAAGCAGAGCAAUUAAUAAUUCAAGGCUUCCCGGAGAAAAUUGUCGAACUUAAUGAGCUUUUGGAUACACCCAUGUUCAGUGAACGCAACUUCACUGAAGUUCAUCAAGAUUUAAACAUUCCAAUCCCAGAUCCAAUUGUUGUUAAUAAUAACGGAGCAAACGCUAAUGAAAGCAAUGCCGCAACUGCCGAAGACGGAGGUGAUGCUGACGAACCAUCUGCCAAGAGGCCACGCACUGACAAUUCAUUAAAUUCCGGCACUAAAGUUAUGUACUUGCCAAGCGGUAGUGUUCCCUGCAAUUCGCCGUUAUGCGAGAUGAUUAAAAUCGUUAAACCAAUUAUACGCAAAUUGGUGGAAGAUUCUAAUCUCCUCAAGAUGUGGAUUUCAUUUAUGAUUCCUAAAAUUGAAGAUGGCAAUAAUUUUGGUGUUUCAAUCCAAGAGGACACAUUGGCUGAAAUUCAAACUGUUGAAUCUGAAGCGGCAGCGUUUUUCGAUCAAAUAUCCCGCUAUUUCCUAUCAAGAGCUAAGGUAGUUUCAAAAGUGGCCAAAUAUCCCCAUAUUGACGAUUACAGACGUGCAGUCAUUGAAUUAGACGAGAAGGAGUAUUUAAGCCUGUGGUUAGUUGUCUGUGAAGUACGAAAUCGGUAUUCAUCUCUACACGAUAUUGUUAUUAAAAACAUGGAAAAACUUAAAAAGCCACGUUCCUCAAAUGCCGAAAGUCUUUACUAACUAUGCUGUAUGCAAUUCGAUGGAUGAAGUAAACAAAUCUAUGGAAGCUCGUAAAAAUAUUCUCAAACUCUGUGUAUAACCAAGAGAUCAAAGAUUGAGGAUUCUACAUUAAACUCGUAAGAAGAUAUAAAACCCAACAUGAAAGAAAUACAGUUCUUUACAACUUUUAGUUUUAAUAAAAUUAAACAAUAUUUUCUUCAAUUUAAUUACAAACAAAACGAAAAAUAAAUUCAACAUUUUAAUUUUUUCCAUCUUCUCCAGAA